AUGGAGGCCCCGGAUAAAGCGCCUCGCAAGAGGGUCUCUCGGGCCUGCGAUCGCUGUCGCAGCAAAAAGGAUAAAUGCGAUGGGAUUCGUCCAACCUGUUCCGCCUGUCAAGCCUCCGGUCAAUCCUGCUCAUACGAUCCCCACGCGAAGAAACGCGGUCUGCCUGAAGGAUAUGUCCGCGGCCUGGAAAAGCUCUGGGCGAUAUCAAUAUGCAACAUCGAGGGAUUCGAGGAUACAAUGCUAGCGAUGCUAGGCAGUACGGCGGAAUCGGCCGGCCGACGGGAGAGUCUCAUGUCCGCGUGGUCGGAUGACAGUGCCGCCGAGAGUCUACACGAGUCGUGGAAAACGAGUCGGCUAUAUGGCGCGUUGGAGAAAAUGCUCUCCAAUUCGGAUGCGCCAGCAACAGGGAAACGGGCGCGUCCUCUGGACUUCCCCGUGAGAGUCUCGCGCACAGCCACGCCACUCGGUCCCGACGCACCGCGCGUGGUGGAGCCGACUUCUUCGGCGAAGAGGGCGCGUGUGGAGGAGCGCGGGACCGAUAGACACAAUCUCCAACUGCCUCCACAGACAUCUCAGUUGCUUGAUGUCUAUUUUGCAGUCACACAUUCGUGGUUCCCGAUCAUUGCGAAACACAACAUCCUACGCGCCUCUUACCUGUAUGCAAACGCCCCCUUGGCCGUGACCGCGGCGUCCCCCGGAUCGGGAGACCAUGCAGCGCUGUGGGCAAUCCUCAGUUACACAGUCACUCAACCUCGAUUGAAUCAACCGGCCGGUCCCGGGGCUGUCAAUUUGGCCAAGGAGUAUUACGCCAUCUCACGGAAUCUCAUUCCCGCAGAGAAAGAGCGCUAUGAGUUGGGCCACAUCCAGGCAUUGAUUUUGCUGACCUUUGUCAACACGGGCCUACAGGACUGGACGGCUGCCUGGUUGUUGAGCGGCCAGGCGGUGCGGAUGGCCAUCUCUAUGGGACUAGGCACAUACUCCAACUCCAACUCCCGGCGCUCGGAUGAGAUUCGACAGGGAAAAGCAGUCUUCCUAGGCUGCUUUGUCGUGGACUCACUACUUUCAUUUAAUCUUGGGCGCAGUCCAGCCAUACCGCCCAACGAUAUUGCUACGGUAGGCCUGUUGGAAGAAGAUGGAUUGGAGGAAUGGAACUCUUGGGUGGAUGUGUUGCCACCUACGGCAGCCUCACAGAGUAGCAAGAACUCGCCGCGCCGUGGGCCACUCAUGGCGCUGAGCUGCUUCAACCGCUUAGUCGAGUUGGCCAGUGUUUUGAACAAAAUCUCUCGCCACAUCUCAUCUGGUUACAAUAUGGCCACAUUUGCACAACAGUUGGUCAUGGAUCUCAAGCAAUGGGAUGACUGCUUGCCUCUAGGGUGCCGUCUCAUUGGACCCGAGAGCAUCUAUCCCGAGCGCCAUUCUGCCUUGCUCCCCCAUCAAAGCUACUUGGGGUUGACAUACGUGGCCACGCUGCUGUGGUUGUACCUCCAACUAAUCCCCGAAGAACAGGGACUGGAUAGGUCUCAGAGACCCGCAACAGAAGGUGCUAAGAAGCUUCUCUAUCGAGGUCUGACAAUGUUGGCCCAGCGGCUGGAGAACUUCCCUAUGUGUGGUCUUCCACCACUCUUUGAAUUGAGUCUACGGACGAUCUCAGAGCAGGCGCAUGCCCUGCAAAGCUUUGAACCUGCCACGUUUCCCUUUGCCCGCUGGGCGGACGAGUUCAGCCAUAAGACGGCCGGCCUCACUUCAAUCUGGCCUUCUAUCAUGGAACGCUGGCAAUCCAAAGAAGCGCCAUCGUUCCCGGCCAACACGCAUGCACUUCCCGUGCAACCUCCAACUCGCCCGAAUGAUGAAUACACCUCUUCCAUUCUUGGCAUCAGCAUGCCAGUUGAUGGUCAAUCCCUCACACCAAGAGACACCAUCAUGGAGAACACAGACCUCAUGAUGGAUCUACCAGUUGAAUCACCUCUUGAUAAGAUUCCUCGCAGCGAUCCGGAUCAAGCUCAUUAUUCCGGCCAAUCACUUCUCCAUCACCAACAAUCACACCAACCUCAAACCCCCGACUCAACCUCCUCAAUGACAGGCACCUCUAACAUCGGGGACAUCGAUGCCAUUUUCAAAGACCUCGCAUACCUUGAUACAACGGAAUGGGCCACCAACCGCGAGGCCGGCCUGAAGGACUUUGGCUUCAUGGAUGAAUCCACCUUCCAGGCCUUUUGCCACGAUCCUGAUCGUCUGGGAAGGUCGCAGCCUCUCGUGCACCCCCCUUCCAUUGCUGAUAUCUGGCCUCCUCCGGGUUUCUUCCCCGAGACCUUCCAAGAAGAAUCGAUGGGUCACACCUGA